AUGGAAGAUCCAUCGGAGAGGUUGGGAUCGGCGGAUUUGGAUUCCGUCUCCGCCGUUAAGACCGACGACUUCUCCAUGGAAAUUGAUCCGCCGUUUCAGGAAAACGCUGUAACUGCCGAGGACUGGCGGAAGUCUCUCAGCAAAGUCGUCCCCGCCGUCGUCGUCCUCCGAAUAACCGCUACUCGUGCUUUCGAUACCGAGUCCGCUUCCGCCAGCUACGCUACUGGUUUCGUCGUCGACAAACGCCGUGGUAUUAUCCUCACUAAUCGCCACGUCGUCAAGCCUGGACCUGUUGUUGCAGAAGCCAUGUUCUUGAACCGCGAAGAGGUUCCGGUGCAUCCUAUAUACAGAGAUCCAGUACAUGAUUUUGGGUUCUUUCGGUAUGAUCCUAGUGCCAUACAAUUUCUAAACUAUGAAGAGAUACCUCUUGCUCCAGAGGGUGCUUGUGUUGGAUUAGAAAUCAGAGUUGUUGGUAAUGAUAGUGGUGAAAAGGUUUCCAUUUUGGCUGGUACUCUUGCUCGUUUGGACAGGGAUGCUCCUCACUAUAAGAAGGACGGGUAUAAUGACUUCAACACAUUCUAUAUGCAAGCAGCAUCUGGGACCAAAGGAGGAUCAAGUGGUUCCCCAGUUAUAGAUUGGCAAGGCAGGGCAGUUGGCCUAAAUGCUGGGAGCAAGACAACAAGUGCAUCGGCAUUCUUUUUACCUCUAGAACGAGUUGUGAGGGCAUUAAGGUUUCUUCAAAAGGGGAGUGAAACUUAUGUUGAUAAAUGGAUGGCAGUUUCUAUACCUCGCGGUACACUUCAGGUGACUUUUCUCCAUAAAGGGUUUGAUGAGACUCGUCGACUUGGCCUUAGAAGUGAGACAGAGCAGACAGUACGGCAUGCUUCUCCUGCCAGUGAAACUGGAAUGCUUGUUGUGGAAUCUGCGGUGCCGGGUGGUCCAGGCUAUAAACAUUUGGAACCGGGUGAUGUACUUGUUCGUGUCAAUGGUGAGGUCAUCACUCAAUUCCUGAAGCUGGAGACUAUACUCGAUGACAGUGUAAACUCGAACAUCGAAUUACAAAUUGAAAGGGGUGGUGUGUCAAAGAGUUUAACUCUAUUGGUGCAAGAUUUGCACUCAAUAACUCCAAAUUAUUUCUUGCAAGUUAGUGGAGCAAUAAUCCAUCCUCUUUCAUAUCAGCAGGCUAGGAACUUCCGAUUUCAAUGUGGUCUUGUUUAUGUGACAGAACCAGGAUAUAUGCUCUUUAAAGCAGGAGUUCCCCGCCAUGCAAUAAUUAAGAAAUUUGCUGGUGAAGAAAUAUCUUGCCUUGAGGAACUAAUAUCAGUUCUGUCCAAGCUAUCAAGGGGGGCUCGAGUACCAUUGGAGUAUAUAAGCUAUGUGGAUCGUCAUCGAAGGAAGUCGGUGUUGGUGACGGUUGAUCGCCACGAAUGGUAUGCACCUCCCCAGAUAUACACUCGGGACGACAGUACUGGCCUAUGGAUUGCCAAGCCUGCUUUUCAGCCUGAUUCCCCUUUUCUAUCAUCUGGGACUAAAGAUGUUGGAAAUCUGGCCAGCUGUCCAAUUUCAUUGACUGGUGAGCAUGCUUGUGGGGGAGAUGUGUCUGAAGGUAACCAUCAGGAGUUGGUUGAUGGUGUCACUAGCAUGGAAACUAAUUAUGAAGAUCCUUCAGAGGGUGUAUCUCACCACAAUGGUUCUGAUGGCAUAGUAAAAAAACGGAGAGUAGAUGAUUUAUCAACUGAUGGAAGUGUAGCUGAUAUUUCCUUCAAUGAAUCCGAGGAAGCUAAGCUAGAAAAAUCAGGUGCCAUACAGGAUGAUGGGUUAAUGGACUAUCAAGGUGCAACUGCUGCCACAGCAAAUGCAUCGAUCACUGAACGUGUGAUUGAGUCUACUCUUGUGAUGUUUGAGGUGCAUGUUCCUCCAUCUUGUAUGCUUGAUGGUGUUCAUUCGCAGCAUUUUUUUGGAACCGGUGUCAUAAUAUAUCAAACUCAAGAUAUGGGAUUAGUUGCAGUUGACAAGAAUACUGUUGCAGUAUCUUCCUCUGAUGUGUUGCUAUCUUUUGCUGCUUUCCCCAUUGAAAUUCCUGGAGAGGUGGUAUUUCUCCAUCCUGUUCACAAUUAUGCUCUCAUAUCAUAUGACCCAUCUGCCUUGGGACCUGUUGGCGCUUCAGUGGUUCGUGCAGCAGAGUUACUUCCAGAGCCAGCAUUAUGCCGAGGAGAUUCUGUUUACCUUGUGGGCUUAAGCAGAAGCCUUCAAGCAACUUCUAGGAAAUCAGUUGUUACCAAUCCUUGCGCUGCAUUAAAUAUAGGAUCUGCAGACUCUCCACGUUACAGAGCAACGAAUAUGGAAGUUAUUGAACUUGAUACUGAUUUUGGUAGUUCAUUUUCGGGUGUACUGACAGAUGAACAGGGAAGGGUCCAAGCUUUAUGGGGAAGCUUCUCUACUCAGAAGAAGAAAAAGAGAAGAAAGAUGAAAACUGGGAAAAGACGAGACAAGACAAUACUUACUCAUACUUCAAAAGACUACCAGAUGGUGGGCAUAUCUGAAUGUCCAGAUGAAUAA